UAACUUUAGAGUCUCAGAUGACAUUUGUUCAGUGUAUAAAGCCAACUGUAGUUGAGCUUUAGCAUCACUGUUACAUCUGUGGAUUCUCGUGUAAAUAUUUUAAAUAAACCUUGGCUGUUUAGACUCCCUGAUUCUGAGAAAGCAGAGUGUGUUAAAAAAAAUGGAUGCAAUAUUCAGCUGCAGGCUGGAGGAUAUGGAAGAUUAUUAUAGCUUGCUGGGAUGUGAUGAAUUAUCUACAGUUGAACAAAUUGUUGCAGAGUUUAAAGUUAAAGCACUUGAAUGUCAUCCCGACAAGCAUCCCGGAAACCCUCAGGCUGUGGAGAAUUUUCAGAAGUUACAACAUGCAAAAGAGAUUCUUUCUAAUGAAGACAGCCGAGCCCGUUAUGAUUACUGGCGAAGGAGCAAAAUUGCUAUCCCAUUCCAGCAGUGGGAAGCCCUGAGCAACUCAAUGAAAACAUCAAUGCAUUGGGCUGUCAGAGAUAAAAAAGAGCCAAUGUUGGAUGCUCCCGAUUCAAAUCGUAACGACAAGAUGGCUGAUAAUUUUUCACUGAAGACAGAAAUCAACGGGGAUGAUUUAUUCAAUGAUAGAAAGGAAAUGGAGGAUUUUCAAAUCUUUGAUGGGAAACCGUUGUCACCAAAAAGCCCAGAUUCGCCAGAUCCAAAUUGCUGGCACUUGCGCUUCCGUUGGUCAGGUGACACUCCAUCUGAACUUCUGCGGAAGUUUAGAAAUUAUGAAAUAUGAAGCAGAACAUCAAAUAUGUAUGAAGGAUGAAACGUGUUGAAUGUGGUUUUCACUGUUUCAAUAUUUUUGUAUAUGUUUAUCAUAGAGUGGCUGCUUAUUUGUAUUUAUGUCCCUUCAUAUAUAUAUAUACUUUAUGUUAGGGUGGUACCUACUCUGCAAAUGUUUCAAAAGAGCUGCUUCAGAACGUGUGUGCAACGUAUGUAAGGAAACCAUGCAGCUGUCCAUCUUUUUUCAGGUGAACUAGAGCAGGGGUCACCAACCUUUCGGACUUCAGGGACCACUAAAUUCAUGAUUUUAAAUCCCGCGGAUCACUAAUAUGAUCUGCCUAAUGACCAGCUGUGUGGGUGUGGCUAGGUGGUCAUGUGACUCAGUGGGCGUGGCCAACUAGAUGUCACUCGCGUCAAGAGCUGCCUCGUCAGCCUCUACUUGCCCCUCCCCUCCCCUCCCAGCCACUCCUCGCCAGCCUCUACUUGCCCCUCCCCUCCCAGCCACUCCUCGCCACCUGGGCUCCUUAGGGCCCCAACAGGAAGCAGUUGUUGGAGCUAAGCAGCCACCAUGAGAAAGAGUUGGCAAAACAGCUGGCUCAGUUCAAAUUGGAUCUGAUCAAGAAGGAGGCUCAGCAGAAGCACCUCACUGAGGACUAGGAGCAUAGGCUUUCCAAGCAGAGGAAAGACCUGUGGGAGUGCAAGGCCAGGUACCAGCACCUGGAGGCUCAGCGGGCUGAGAUGGUCAGCCAGUUCCAGGCCAUGAUGCAGUCCCACUGGAACAAGGCCCUCUUCUCUUUGCCACCAGCGGCACUUCCCUCCAGCCUUCGCCCAAAGCCCUGCAUCAGGAGGCUGAAGCACACCCCAAGUCAGAAUUUCUCCCCCCCCUCUGACCUGCACAAAAAGACCCCAGAGGGGGAGACUCUCUGCAGCAACACAAACAUUCAUUGCACAUAUCUGUCUCAGGGGCUGUAGUCUGAGAACCCCUGAUUUAGUGCAAUAUAAAAAAUGCAAAUAAUUUUUCUGUGGACCAUCAAAAUUUUCUUGUGGACCACCAGUGAUCCAUGGACCACCAGUUGGUGAUCUCUGAACUAGAGAAAAUAUGUAGCUCUUUUAAAACUUGCAUGUAGAAUUGGGUUCUUAAAGUAGCAGCAGCAUUUUUCAAGCUCGGAUGUAUGCCUGAAGGGGGGGAAAAAAGCAGGCUGCUGUAAUGAAUAGCAGAGAGGUGCUGGGUUUAUGCAAAGUUUGAAGCACCGCUUCUGAACAAUUUUUGAAAUGUGUGUGGCUUCAGAAAUAUGUAUAACUUGUGCAGUUAUGUAUAGUAUUUUAAAUUUUGUACAGUAAUAUUAUUCUUAUAUAAAUUAUAAUGUGAAACAUUGUAGUUUCUGAACUAGAUUCAUUCAUUGCAUGGAUAAUAUGUCGGUGCAUUUAGUCCUGUUUUCAAAACUGUAUCCUUAACAAAAUUUGUUUCCUAUAAUUGUAGAACCAUUAAGAAAAUUAUCUGCUGUCACCUUAACAUUCUUUAUUUCUAAUUUCUAUUUCCAGCUAUAUUCCAUCCUAUAGAAAUGAAUUCACAGAUUUUAGCCCUUCAGGUCUGUCAUUCCCAUUCGUAUUAUGUCUCUUUUUAUUUGUCUUGCUAUAUCCUGUUGCUUGCGAAACCUUCCAAAUGAUAUUGGUAAUACUAUCUCCAUAUCCCUCUUCAAAGUCCACCUUUUCUAAGAAACAUUUCAUCUAAUUCUUUACAUCCUUCACCCCAGCAAAAUCGUAUACUUACCUUGCUGUUCUUAAUAUCCAGGGUCAAAAUACACACCAUGUUAGAGUUACACGUAUUUUUACUGCACGUAAAAAUAGCUACAAGCUUGAGGUUCUCCACUGCUAAUCAGGACUUUGCCACACGAAAUACUGUAUUACAGAAUAAUAAAGUUGGAAAGGACCUUGGAGGACUUCUAAUCCACUCCCUGCUCAAACAGGAGCUCUCCUAUACCAUUUCAGACAAAUGGCUGUUUAAUCUCUUCUUAAAAACUUCCAGUGAUGGACACCCACAAUUUAUGAAAAUGGAAAUUAAAAUGAAUGGAAUGUAAUGAAAAUGGCCUGAAUUUCCUGCACCUCAUGGUGAUUUUAAUAAAAAGAUAAUUAUGCUGACAUAUUUUCAGAUAUUUUCUUUUCUUCUGUCCCUUGGUUCUCUCACUGCCAGCAUUUAGUAAAUAAUAAAUGAAUGUGACUUGCCUUUUUUUUUUUUAAAUGAUACCUUGUAAAUAUUAUGUAUUUGGAUGUCACUAAUAUCAUAGAAACAAAAGUACAUCCCACUUCAGAAACUGAAGAAUUACUAAUCUUGUACAGUAUCAACUCUUAAGGUGAAGUUUAUGUUUCAGUUAAAUGUAUUUUAUUCUUUAUUCUUCCAUUGAUGUUCAUGUUGUAUAUUGUUCAGAAUUCAAUAAACUGGUUGUUCAAAUUA